GGAGAAACCUGUAUGAGCGUCACAUUUCAAGUUGAAAUAUUGAACGAGCAGAAUAACAACAGUGUUCCAAUUGAUUUCCAUCUUCCGUCUGGUGUUAUUAAAGGAAAAUGUGCGGCUGAUCGGAAAAGCGAGGCAGUGAUUUCUUCUACCAUUGAGGAAGCAGACGGAAGACUCAAAACGCUGAAAUUUGUAUUUCGCACGUGUUUAGGAAGUUCUGCGGUCUUCGAAUCUGAUAACUCCUCGGUUAUUUUCUCGGCUCCUCUGACUCAAAAAUACGUUUGCGAGGAUCGUAUCAAUGUGACUCUUCACACUUCCCUAUUCUCGUUAUGUUUUCCCCUGAAAUCGAUGUUCAACCCUAUGGUCCAAAGAGUAAUUCGGACUAGAAAACGAACACUUUCGGAAUCUCUCCAACACCGUUCAACCGUUUUUUGUGGCGUCGUUUUGGCGAUUUCCUCUAUCGCCCAUAUUGUUGGUCACAUGCUUCGUCGCCAUUUCAUGCCCCAUCGAAAAGAGCUUUAUGAGAAUUUGGACAGACUUCCAGCCAUCUAG